AUGGCCACAAACGCCUCUUCAGACCUCUCCUUGUUCACGCCUGACCUCAUCCUCAUGGUGACCCCAUUCCGAGAGCCGCCGGGCGUCAAGUUCGCGGUGUUCUUCUUCACCUUGGCCAUGUUCACCGCGGCCCUCAUGGGCAACUGCCUCCUAAUCCUCGUCAUCCUUCGAGAUCAUCAGCUGCACAAGGCAAUGUACGUGCUCAUGGCCGCACUGUCGCUCACUGACAUCAUGUCGGUGCUCAGCAUACUGCCCCGGUUCAUGCAAAACGUCACGUCCUUCAACUACAUCAGCCUGCGCGAGUGCAUGGCACAGAUGUUUUUCCUGCACCUGUCCAUCAGAAUGCAGAGCUUCACCCUCACCGUCAUGUCCGUCGACCGUUACCUGGCCAUUGGCUACCCACUCAGUUACCACUCGCUCAUGUCCAGCUGCAAGGCCAUUGGGGCCUUCAUCGUUGCAACAGCCGCAGCGGUCACCACGUGCCUGGGCAACGUGAGCUUCGUGAUCUCCCUCAACUUCUGCAAGCCGCCGGUGAUAGUCGCUCCGUACUGUGACUACCUCGUGGUCCUGUUCUUGUCUUGCGGGGAUUUAAGUGGUCCAAGGGCUUAUAUUCAAGCCGCGCUGGCCAUCACCAUGGUGCUUCCCGCAUGCGUGAUAGUUCUCAUGUACGGCCUUAUCCUCUACGAGUGCCGCAAGCCAGGCCUCCGCAGCGGCCAGAAGAAAGCGCUGAAGACUUGCGGCACCCACUUCUUGGUUGUCUCCGUCUUCUUCGCCGCCAUUUUCUUCUCGUUCGCCAGCGGCUUCUCGUUCCUGGAGUCCCUCCCCAGGCCGCUGCGCUACGCACUCCAGACGGCGCAGUACGUGUUCCCGCCCGCGCUGAACCCGGUCAUCUACGGCCUCCGAACGGCGGAAAUCCGGCGCAGUUUCUCCAGGCGGUUCCGUGGGAAGGUAGUGGAUGGAAAGGCAGAGAGAUUGGGAGGUCUGGUGCACUGAGCAAUUAGAAACCUUGGCUAUCCAUUAUUUUAA